AUGGCGACCGCCGAGGAUCGACCACGAACCAGGGCGAAGAAGGCAUGCUUGGCCUGCAAUGCGCGCCGCGUGCGAUGCAACGUGCUCGAGGCGCAGCCGUGCCGUAACUGUGUGGCGUGGAAUCUCUCCUGUGAGCUGGGAAUCUCACGACGCGGAAAGUAUCCCCGUCGCAAGACUGGUCGCUCGUCUCGGACACUAGGCGACCACAAUGAACGUGUGGCCGCCUUCUCCACGACUGCGCGGACAGUGCCGAGGACAGAAGAUCUCCGGUCCGGACAGCCGGGCCCACCACUCCAGCACUAUGCCCCUGCAUCUCGGCCGGCGACGGCGGGCGAGGAUACGAUCCACAAAACGGUCUUCCUGGGCGAGUCCAGCCCUCUCACAUGCGUCGUGGACGAAGGACGCCGGUCUCCAGACAAAGGCUACGGGGGCAGAAUCCAAACGGGACGGUUGCACUACUCCAUCUCCGAGAUUCGCGCCGGAGAACCUAGUCAGGACCCCCUCGGGGACCGUCGCAGGAUCCUUCAUGACCGUUUGACCCGGGAAGGUGCCUUGGUCUUUCCCUCCGCAGACAUUUGUGACACUCUCCUUCACGCCUAUUUUGAAUGGUUCCAUCCGUGUUUUCCAGUGCUGGAUCGCCGAGGCGCGCAAAAUGGCUAUCGGGAGAGCACGAUCUCGCCGUUGCUGGUGCAGGCCAUGCUGUUCAUUGGUAUCAGUUUGUGUUCGGAUUCCGUGUUGCACACCACGGGAUUCCACGAUCGCUAUCAGGCAAAAGGCGCUUUUUACCAGCGUGCGAAAGAAAUUUACGAUUCCGGAUGGGAGAAUGACACCGUCGUUAAACUUCAAUCGUUGUUCCUCCUGAGCUUUUGGCGCGGAGGCCCCAAUGAGGAGCGAGAUGUUCGAUUUUGGCUGGGAGCGGCCAUCGCGCUGGCCCAGAAGAAAGGCAUGCAUGUCCGUGAUCAACAGACUUCAGCCGCUUUGGGCCUACCUUCUCGGAUUCGCGACGAGGACUGCGAGAUCACAGAGCUCCAGCCUUCCGAUUUUGAGGACACUGGUCCAUCCUCUGAGAUAUUCCGAAAACCACCUGCGGUUUAUGUCUCCUACUCAGAAUUGGAGAGCCCGGCUCGUCCGGGCCUUCACCAACGCCUGGUAGAGUGGGAGUCUAACUUGCCGGAAGAAAUGCGGUUUCAAGCACCCAUGAGCCGCGAGUCCAUGUUUCUCCUCGGCAUGCUCCAUAUGACAUACAAAAUUACACACACUUUUUCUGCCCUCUGCAUUCACACCAUCCACUUUGAACGAACCACUGGCACAGCUCGGAAGCUCGCCGAACAUCGAGCAAAGUUGUGCCUUCUGGGACUCAAAGAACUACAGAAGUCUUGGGACUUGGAAAACUGGGUCCUUGACUUGUUUUUCCGCUGUCUUGAUGAUCGAACUGCCCAAGAUCUUCGCUUGGCCGAUGUCGCGGUAGGUCCUUCGAUGUUGUCUCGGCACUCCGUCAGAGCCAGUCAACGUCCUGAUAUCAUCCCACAACCGAUAUCAUGCAAUGGAACAGAAAGCGUCCCAACUCAUGAGCAUGCCAUUGUUCCAGUCACAAAUACAGGCCACGAACCAAACACUGCUGAAGAUACCGUUAACAUGGACUGGUACGAUUUGUUCAACGUGGGAGAUGACUUCAUGGGGAUCGCUGGGUCCUUGUCCAACCCAGACUAUCUCAACCCCCAGAAUUUGGAGUUUCUCUACCGGUUCUUAUAG